CUCCUGCUCCGCCUCUCCGGUUGCACGGGCGGCUGGGCGCGAAGGAGCGCGGCGGCGGGGCCGGGGCCGGGGCCGGGGCCGGGGAUGGCUUUCGAGGCGCUGGCGGAGGCGGCGGAGCGCUGGUGCGCCCGCACGCCCUUCCAGCUCAUCGCCGCCGAGGAGACCGAGCGCCGCAUGGACUUCUACGCCGAGCCCGGCUUCUCCUUCUACGUGCUCUGCCCGGAGGCCGCCUGCGGAGACAAUUUCCACGUGUGGAGCGAAAGUGAGGACUGCUUACCUUUCCUGCAGCUCGCACAGGAUUACAUCUCUUCCUGCGGGAAAAAGACACUCCAUGAGAUACUGGAAAAAGUCUUCAAAUCCUUCAGACCUUUACUUGGGCUUCCAGAUGUUGAUGAUGAUGCAUUUGAAGAGUAUAACGCGGAUGUGGAAGAAGAGGAACCAGAAGCCGAUCACCAACAGAUGGGUGUCAGUCAGCAGUGAUUUUCGAAGAAGCUAAAAAUCAUUCGGAAGCCUUUGGUACCAGGUGGGGUUAGGUGGUCCCACGUUAGCGUGUUCCAACUAGCACAUCACAUGGGGAUAUCUGGCUCCCAGGAUAAAGGUUUUACAAAAUGGCUUAAAAGAAUUUAAUAAUAAUAAUCAUAAUAAUAAUCUGUGAUGAGCUUUGCUAAGAAGUGACCUGAAUUUUGCUCCUGCUUCAGUGGGUUUUCUAUGGAGUUGUCUUGGUAGCAUCCUGCCGUUAUCAGCCUAGAAGUAGUUUUGUCGCUGACUUGUCUCUUCGAUUUGUGUCCGAGAGUAGCGUUCACUGACAUGAAUGUAGAGUACCGAGGAUGGGGGAAGCGUGCGGUGAGAGGGCUGAGUCCUCACCGGUGCCCUUUCCGAGGCACCAGCGCAGCGAGCAAGCACGACCUGUGCUUGUCUUUUUAGUUAAACAGGGUUUUUGACAAAGUAACCAAACUUGGAGAGAUUUCUCCUGAAAAACACUAGUUUGAUGGCCGGCACUGCAGAAGUGCACGUGAAGGCUUAACAAAACCAGUGGGAAGCAGGAAACCCAGGGGAGUAUUGGUGUCAGACAUCUGGAUGUUGGUUCCCUGACACCUGAGUUUGCAAGUGCUGAAUUACUGACUGGGAGUAAUAACUAUCAGCAGUUGUAACCAACCCUGGUCCUCCAACACCGUAUGAUCCAAAGCCAAAUGCUGCUUUCACGCAAAUCAGUCUAAAAAGAGCCAUCACCUAUCCCACCUCUGCAUGACAACCAACUUCAAGCUUUGCGCUUCUUUAAUCCACUGCUAAAUUAUAUCUCCAACCUCGUGGCAUCGUGAACUGAAGUGCAACUUAACUUGGAAGCCAUAAGGGUAUAAACCAGCACCUGGCUCUUGAAAUGCUGGACCUGUUCUUCUCCCUGGGCCUUUGAGCUGGUCCAGGCAUUUACAUCUCAUUGGAGGGGAGCUAAAAUACUGCUACUACCUUGGCUGAUGUAAAAGCUAGUGAGGUUUUAUUUAGCUGGGAACUUUUAUCCCAGGGGGGGUUUGGUGGGGUCUUGGUCUACAGGAGAAGAAGACCCCUUGUAUUUUGUACCUACUUUGCAUAGAUUUUAGUGACUUGGAUGAGUACCAGACUGUGAAGAUGCAGGGUGUCUUUAUUUACUUGCCUUUUGUACUGCGCAUGGGAGGAGCGGAGGAGAUCCUGUUGUAAUACAGACGUUUUCCACAACUGAGCAAAACGUUUCUAAAUUUACUCCUUUUUCAGACUCUUAAAAACUAAUGAAAUGAAGGUCACAUGCUUCAAAGAGCCCUUUUAUACAGUAUUAGCUUUAUAAAGCAACACGUGAGCGAAGAGAAAAUGCCUGGACAACUUCUAGAAACAGCUUGGACCGGUCUGAAAACCCUAUUGUUGGCAAUGGCUCCUUUUCAGUAGGUUUGUUAAAGACUUUUCUUUUUAAGAUUACCGAAGACAGCAAAUUUUCUUAGUGGUUUACAUUUCUGAUGAUGGCUUGAGAGAUGCACAGCACUUGAGUCUUUUAAUCUUGGGCAAAGGCCUUCCGUAACCAGGGUGGUAUGGAGGUGUGCGCAGAAGUGGCUGCGACACUGUAAAAGUCAGAGUUUAAGACUAUCAAAAGGAAGUGGAAGAGAAACAGAGCUUAGUGCAACUUUGUACAUUCUUUUGGCAUGCAGGCAUAAACGUGGUAGUCACAGCACAUUUUCUAUGGAGCAGUGACAUGAGGACUAUGGCAGUUCGUUGUAUAACACUGUACAGCAGCAACAGGCUUUUUGCUUACUAAAAUAAAGUGUAAGAAAGA